AUGGACCCUAUCAAGUACAUAUUCGAGAAACCAACUCUUACCAGCAGAAUUGCUCGACGGAAAAUGUUGUUAUCAGAAUAUGAUAUCCAAUAUGUUGCACAAAGGGCCAUCAAGGGAAGUGUACUAGCAGAUCAUCUUGCUCACCAACCGAUAGAGAAUUACCAACCUUUGAAGUUUGACUUCUCAGACGAAGACAUCAUGUUUGUUAAAGACUCUGAAAUCCCCGAACCUAGCAAGGGAUCUGAACCAGAAGAACAGUGGACUCUCAUGUUCGACGGUGCUUCAAAUGUUAUAGGUCAUGGGAUUGGGGCAGUGCUGAUGUCUCCCAAGAAUUAUCAUCUACCCUUCACUGCAAAGCUUUGCUUCACCUGCACGAACAACAUUAUUGAGUUUGAAGCCUGCAUAUUGGGGCUAGAAGAAUCUAUUGAGUUAGAGAUUAAAAUCCUAGAGGUAUUCGGAGAUUCCUCUUUAGUGAUACAUCAAAUCAGAGGGGAUUGGAAAACGAGACAUGCUAACCUAAUUCCAUACUGGGAUUAUAUGCUGAAGUUACUCCCAAAAUUUGACAAAAUCACUUUCUCUCGUAUUCCUCGAGAAGAGAAUAAGAUGGCAGAUGCUAAUAUGGCCUAA